AUGAGUUUUGAAAUUACAUUCUUAGGAUCUUCCGGUGGUCCAUUAGAAGGAAAUACAUGUUCAAUCCUAAUAAAACCCCUGCAUCUAUCGUAUCAAACAAUCAUUGAUCAUAAACUAUCAGAUGAAAUAUUAUGUAUUGAUGCUGGGUCAGGAUUAGGUAGAUUAUCAGAAAUAAUUCAUCAAGAAUCAUUGACCAAGAAACCUCAUAGUAAAAUGUUAACGUUUUAUGAAGAUGCAAAACCAAUGACAUAUUAUUAUCAUCAUAAAAUCCAUAUCACGACCCCAUUCAAAGAUUUCAGACCCCAUCGAGCCCUAUUUCAUGCUCAGAAGUUAUUCAAUAUCAUAAAGACAUUUCUUAUAACUCAUCCUCAUUUAGAUCAUGUUGCUUCAUUAGUCAUUAAUUCAGCCGGGUUCACAAAUUCCCCGGCCAAGAGCAUCCUAGGAGCAAAGCAAACCACCAAUGCAUUACAACGACACUUAUUCAAUGGAAUAAUAUGGCCAAAUAUGCCAUCAUUUGAAGUUGUCAAUUUGGUCCCUAUUGCAUUUGAUAAAUCAAUAACAAUAAAUAAUAACGCCUAUACUAUUUACAUGUUUGAAAUCUCUCAUGGAGAAUUCAAUAAAUUCGAUGAUCAUCGACGAAGAUCAAUCAUCGUCCAACCAAUCAUGAAUGGAACCCUUGCAGAUCAACGCCAGGGCCAUUAUGUCUCUUCAGCAUAUUUAAUCAAACAUAAUAUGACAUCUAGUUCAUUAUUAAUAUUUGGUGAUUUUGAAAGUGAUAAAAUAUCUCAUCUAAAUCAUAAUAUCAAAAUUUGGAAAACAAUUGCUCCUUUGAUAAUUGAACAUAAAUUAAAAGGAAUUGUCAUGGAAUGUUCAAAUACUCUGAAUGUACCUGAUGAUGAAUUAUAUGGACAUUUAACCCCACAAUAUAUCAUAUACGAACUUAAUCGAUUGAAUGAUGAAUGUAAGAAAUUGGAUCCGGCGACAAAACAACCGUUAAGAGGAUUGGAUAUUAUUGUGGAUCAUGUAAAAGAACCGAUUAUUGAUUUUGAAUCGGACGAAAAUGUUAAAGAACCAAGAGGAAGAAUAUUGGAUGAAUUAAAUAGAUUGAAUCAGAAGGAGGGUUUAGGUUGUCGAUUUUCAAUUGCAUUAAGUGGAGUAUCCAUAUUACUUUAG